AAGAAGAGAAGGCGGAGAACCACGUUAGUUCAAGAGUGUCUGGUAUCAAUAGCUGGUUAUUCUUCCACUGCAGUCCAACAAGAGGGUGUCUGUCAUCGUUUUAAUCUUAAAAAAUGAACGGUUUAGUGGAAGAACCAAUGGCGCCACAGACCUUUCUUUACGGUUGUGUGCUGGAAUCUGGUAAGGAGGUGGUGUUCAAUCCUGAGGAUGAUGACUUUGAACAUCAGCUAGACAUAAGAAUGGCCUGUGUGGACCCCAGCACCAAAGAUGAAAUGCACACAGUGGAAGUGGAAGGACAGGACAUGGAGGGUCAGAAAAUUAAGGCAGCCUUGGUUUCACUAAAACCUUCCACUCUGCCUAGUGUAUGUCUUGGUGGUUUUACAAUCACACCCCCAGCAGUUUUUCGUCUGAAGGCAGGCUCUGGUCCAAUUCAUAUCAGUGGACAACACCUUGUCAUGAUGGAAGCUGAUCAUGAUUUUGAUGAAGAUGACGAAGAUGUGGAAGGAGAGGAGGAAGAAGUGAAAAAUUCAAAGAAAAGACCUGCUUCCUCUCCUGCUGUCAAAUCACAGAAAAAGAUGAAAAUGGAAGAGGUGGAGGAGGAGGGUGACGACGAUGAAGAUGAGGAGGAGGAGGACGACGAUGAGGACAUGUGAGAAGAUGAGGAAGAGAGUGAAGAGGAGGAGACACCUGUUAAGGCCAAGCCUAUGCCAUCGAAGCCAAAAGCUGCUGCUCAGAAUGGAAAAAGUCCUAAAGCAACCACUCCCGCCAAAAAAGAGGAAAAAACUCCUAAAGGCAAGGGCGAGAAAUCACCUAAAACCCCACCAACUCCCAAAGAAGCUCUAACACUUCCUGAAAUUAAAGAAAAGAUGAUGGAAGCCAUGAAGAAGGGAAUAUCGUUACCUAAACUUCAGCCCAAGUUUGAGAACUUUGUGAAGAACAGUUACAGGGUCAAAGAUGGCAAGGUCAUUGCGGAACUGUGGAAAUGGAAACAGUCGCUGAAGGAGGCAAAAUAGCCAUCAGGAUAGUUUUAUUUCUUUUUAUGGCUUGUUUAUACCCUUACCACCUGCCCAAUCCUCUGAAACCAAACUCGGUGCCUCACACUUGUCAUAAAUUCAUUCUGUGUCUGACAUCACCUCCACCUGCCCGUUAUGACUGCAGAGCUGGUGAUGUGGACUGUGAUGGUGUUUUUUCCACCUCUGAUCACCCCUUUAAAAAGGCAGGUUACUAUUUGCAUCUUUGUAAAUGUGUAAAUAAAAAUUCUUGCAAGAUUGUUGACACGUAGUGUGGGGAAUACCUUCAGGUUUUUUUUUUUUUAUUUUAUUUUAAUAUAUACAGUUAAGGUUGAAUUGGCCUCAUGCAGUCAUAAAAAUGCACAGACUGGAUAAUUACAGACUUAAAGUAUGUUAGACGAGUAGCAAUGCAUUUAGUUCCAUUUAACAGCCAGUAAAAAAAAAUAUCUGCAGUCAUAACACCCUACCCUUUCAUGUGUCGCCAAUAAUAGUUUUCAUCCAUUACGUAAGAAUGCUCAGCACUUUUGGAAACUGCUACUUCAGUUCGUUUGAAUGUGUAUGCCAGUGUUAGAUUCCAGGUAAAGAUCCAUGACAUUCAUCUCUACCCUUCUUAAAAUGUUUCCUGUACCUUUUUAAUAUUUACCGUCCAGAAAUUAAAUGAAGCAGUUGUAUCUACAGUAGAAGACUGUUAGAUGUGGAGCACCCUCUACAUUUCAGCUGUACUGACCAAAGUGGAGAGUGAAUGAUCUGCUUCACUGACCUAGUAUUGAACCUUUGUGACUGAAUGCAUGAAGGAAUUAGUCAUCAAAUGAGCAUUUUCAUUCCAAACUGCUACAGAAAUCUUCUGCAUUGUAACACCCUUUUAGAAAUGGCAGUCACUAUGUUUUACAAAGCUGCAUAUUCUGCUCAUAACACGUUUUAUCAUGUAAAGUUCAUGCAUGAGGCCUUAAUGGAGAUCAUUCCAUGUUCUGAAAACCCAAGUGCAAGUUUGUAUGAUUCAGAUUUAAUGUGGAUUUGGAAGGAAUACGUUGAUUAAAUAAAAACUAAUAUACAUCA